AUGGGUAUUCCGGCCGCCUUCCGCUGGCUCUCCAGCAAAUACCCCAAAAUCAUAUCCCCAGUGAUUGAGGAGAGACCGAUCACCAUGGAUGACGGAACCACUAUCCCUGUUGAUGCUUCGAAACGGAAUCCCAACGGGGAGGAGUUUGACAAUCUCUAUCUCGACAUGAACGGCAUUGUUCAUCCCUGCUCCCACCCAGAGGACAGACCUGCGCCAAAGGAUGAGGAAGAAAUGAUGCUCGAGGUGUUUAAAUACACAGACCGCGUUGUAAACAUGGUGCGCCCCCGUAAACUGCUCAUGAUCGCCGUCGAUGGUGUUGCGCCACGUGCCAAAAUGAACCAGCAACGAUCGAGGCGGUUUCGGUCGGCCCAAGAAGCCAAAGAGAAAGAACUGGAUAAGCAAGAGCUCCUGAAACUUGUCAAGCAACAAAAUGGAGGCAUCUUGCCACCUGAGCAUGCCGGAGUGGUCUCUAAAAAAGCGUUUGACACAAACUCGAUCACGCCAGGUACACCAUUUAUGGAUAUACUGGCAUCUAGCUUGAGGUAUUGGUGCCAGUACAAACUUAAUACUGAUCCGGCUUGGGGCAAGCUUAAAGUUAUCAUAUCCGAUGCAACCGUUCCCGGCGAAGGUGAACACAAGAUCAUGUCUUAUAUUCGAUCACAACGUGCCUCCACCGAACACGACCCGAACACGAGCCAUGUGAUCUACGGGCUAGAUGCGGAUCUUAUAAUGCUCGGUCUUGCGACUCAUGAACCUUUCUUCAGAGUAUUGCGUGAAGACGUCUUUUUUCAAGACAGCAAGGCAAGAACUUGCCGGCUUUGCGGACAGAAGGGUCAUGAGGCGCGAAACUGCCGUGGUGAGGCCAAAGAGAAGACUGGAGAAUUUGACGAGAAAGAAACCGAUUCAUCGCCGCUCAAGCCUUUCAUUUGGCUUCACGUUUCAGUGCUCCGGGAGUAUCUGGCCGCCGAGUUGGCAGUUCCUGGCUUGCCAUUCCGCUUUGAUCUGGAGCGUGCCAUUGAUGACUGGGUCUUCAUGUGCUGCUUCGUUGGAAAUGAUUUCCUUCCUCACUUACCUGCCCUCGAAAUCCGUGAGCACGGCAUAGAAACAUUAAUGACGAUAUGGCGUGACAAUCUCCCAUCCAUGGGUGGAUACGUCACGAAGGACGGGCAUAUCAAUUGGAACAGAGCGCAGUGCAUAUUAGAUGGCCUUGGGAAGAAAGAAGAUGCGAUAUUCAAACGCAGGAAAGAACAGGAGGAUCGCCGCGAGGCCAACGCUAAACGACGGAAGUUGCAAGCUGGCGGGGGCAAUGACAGAGCAAGACACGCAGAAUCGGGAGCUGCACCGCGAAAGGACGGACAUCAUAACCCAGCGCAUGGCCUACAUCUGCAUCCGAUUGCUCAGUUUCCGAAGGAGACGCCUUCAGCCAUUACCUAUGAGAUGGUAGUUAACCGAGGCGGAAUUCAGGACACAAACAUUGCCAACAAAAGCGCAGCAAGCGUCCUCAAGGACAAGUUGCGCGGCGGGACGUCGGCUACUGAAGCCGAAGGUUCGGACACGGUCAGUUCGCAAUCUCCACCGUUGAAACGCAAGGCGUCCGAUUUGGAAGAUGCGGCUCGGGCUUCCGGGGUCGCGUCCACGACGGCGUCUCAUGCUGCAACGACAGCAGAAGGUCCCGUUGAUACGGUUCGGCUGUGGGAAGAUGGCUACGCAGAUCGUUAUUACCAACAGAAAUUCCACGCAGACCCAAGCGAUACCGGCUUUCGGCGUAAUGUCGCACGCGCGUAUGCCGAAGGACUGGCAUGGGUCUUGAUGUACUACUUCCAGGGAUGUCCAUCCUGGGACUGGUACUACCCCUACCACUACGCACCGUUUGCCGCAGAUUUUCAAGAUCUCGCGACAAUGGACGUGACGUUCAGCAAGGGGUACGUUUCAAAACCGUUUGAGCAGCUGAUGAGCGUCUUGCCCGCUGCAUCCCGUCAUGCGCUUCCUGAUGUCUUCCAUGACCUUAUGACAAACGAGGACAGCACAAUCAUUGAUUUCUACCCGGAGGAAUUCGAAAUUGACCUGAACGGAAAGAAGAUGGCUUGGCAAGGUGUGGCCCUAUUGCCAUUUAUAGACAUGCCCCGGUUGCUCGCUGCCGUCCAGCAAAAAUAUCCGCUGCUAAGUCCAGAAGACGCCGCGCGAAACGGUGUUGGGCGAGAUGUCCUCAUCUUUUCUGACAACCAUGAGGGUCUCUAUGACGAAAUCUUAACUAAGUUUUACUCAAAACGUCAAGGCGCGUCAAGAUUCAAGCUGGACCCCAAGAUCAGCGACGGGCUGUCUGGGAAGGUGGAGAAGUUGAGUGAAUAUGUCCCUCAUGGAACAUUGCAUUACCCCCUGGACAGCCACGCAAUGCCAGAUUUGGACUAUGAUCGUUCCGUCAGUCUAGUCGGGCAGGUCGGAGUUAUGGCGGGGCUCGCUUCGAUAAUACACAUCGGCGCCGGGAUCCAACCCACCAUCAGCGUGGCACAAGUAGCCUUGGGCGGGGCGGUCUACCUCCCGGAGCAGGCAAUUUUCACAUGGGGAUGCCACCUCCAGCUCCACGACAGUUUGAUCGGGGUAACUUCUAGCUCAUCCAUUUGGGAACAUUACUCACACGCCUGGGCCUCGGGCUAUUCUGAGUAG